GACACGCUGCUCCUCAGUCUGGCCAUCUGCUAUCGAUUAGUCAGGUCUGACCACGUUCCCGCCGUGCCUUGCGCGCGCCGUCUCUCGACAGGUAUUGAGGGGGUACAGUAAGUGGGGUUCGGACUACACUUCCCAGCGGAUCUGGUCGGCGGCGUCACGUGAUGCGCGGAGGGCGGGGCCUGCGGUUUGUGUCUGUAUGAAAGGGCUGCUCCCGGAAGACCGAGCACACCGGAGGAAGAGUCCGCAGUCUCCCGGCUGGGAAGGGCAUUGGACAGGAGGCUGGGAGUUGUAGUGCUGGCGGAUCGCCGGCUUCUGCCGCAGGAAGAUGCUGCGUCUGGCGUCCUGCUCGUCUCUGCUGCUGCUCUUCAAGGCUGUGGUGGGGCUCCCCUGGUUCCAGUCGCUUGGUGCCGUCUUCGUUUUCUACCUGGGCACCGGAGGAUGGAGGUUUAUGAAGGUUUUCUACAAGACCAUCGGUCGCGACCUAAGAGGCGCCUUUACCCUUGUCCGAGUGAAGUUGCAAGUGAAGAGACACCUGCGAGAGAACAACACCGUCCCCGUCAUAUUUAAGGAAUGCGUCAGACGUCAUCCCAACAAGACGGCACUGAUCUUUGAGAGCACCGGGGCCUCGUGGACCUUCCAGGAGCUGGAUGAGUUUUCCAACGCCGUGGCCAACUUCCUGUACGCCGAAGGUUUCCGGUCUGGGGACGUCAUAGCGCUGUUCAUGGAGAACUGCAAUGAGUAUGUCGGGUUUUGGCUUGGCAUGGCCAAAAUAGGGGUGGAAGCCGCCCUGAUCAAUUUCAACCUGCGUCUCGAUGCCCUGGAGCAUUGCUUCAGCGUCUCCAACUCCAAGGCCGUGAUCUUCGGACAGGAGAUGUCCCAAGCAAUGAUGGACGUCUACGCCAUGAUGGGAAAGUCCGUAAACCUUUACUGCCUCGGGGAGUGUGAUCGCUCAGCACUGCCCCCUAGCACAGAAUUCAUAGCGUCCUUGCUGCAAAGCGCUUCCCGUCUUCCUCCAAAAGACCCCGGGAGAAGUUUCACAGAUAAGCUAUUUUAUAUCUACACCUCUGGGACAACAGGGCUUCCUAAGGCUGCCAUAGUGGUGCACAGCCGAUAUUUCCGCAUGGCUGCCUUGGUGCACUAUGGCUUUGGCAUGCGAUCGGACGACGUGAUUUAUGACUGCUUGCCUUUGUACCACUCCGCAGGUAACAUUGUCGGCAUGGGUCAGUGUGUUCUCCUCGGCCUGACGGUUGUCAUUAAAAAGAAAUUCUCAGCCUCACGGUUCUGGGACGACUGCGUGAAAUAUAACUGCACGAUUGUCCAGUACAUUGGCGAGAUCUGCCGCUAUCUCCUGAACCAGCCAGUGCGGGAGGCCGAGUCCCAACAUAGAGUGCGCAUGGCAUUAGGAAACGGGCUCCGUCCUGCCAUCUGGUCCGAGUUUGUGUCCCGGUUCGGGGUCCCACAGAUCGCUGAGUUCUACGGAGCGACAGAAUGUAACUGCAGCCUGGGCAACUUCGACAACAACGUUGGGUCCUGCGGAUUUAACAGCCGCAUUCUGCCCUUCGUAUACCCCAUCCGACUCAUGAAGGUCAAUGAGGAGACAAUGGAGCUUAUCCGCAGUCCGCAGGGUCUUUGCAUCCCCUGUCAGCCAGGAGAACCUGGGCAGCUGGUUGGCCGUAUUGUCCAGUCAGACCCACUGCGAAGAUUUGACGGUUAUGUGAACGAGUCGGCCACUAACAAGAAGAUAGCCAAAAAUGUUUUCAAACAUGGAGACAUGGCCUAUCUCUCCGGCGACGUGCUGGUGAUGGAUGAGCUGGGUUACAUGUAUUUCCGGGAUCGUACAGGUGACACAUUCCGAUGGAAAGGAGAAAAUGUGUCCACCACAGAAGUGGAAGGCAUCCUAAGUAGGCUCCUGGGGCAAGCGGAUGUGGUGGUCUAUGGAGUAGAGGUGCCAGGAACGGAAGGGAGAGCUGGAAUGGCAGCCAUUGCUGACCCUGAUCAUAAAAGUGAUCUUGAAAAGUUUGUCAAAGACCUGAAGAAGGCGCUGCCUGGGUACGCAUUCCCGGUCUUCCUCCGAUUACUGCCAGAAGUGAACAAAACAGGAACAUACAAAUUCCAAAAAACAGACAUGAGGAAAGAAGGCUUUGAUCCCCUCGUGGUGAAAGACGCCUUGUACGUCCUGGAUUCCCAGCAAGGAAAGUACAUCCGCGUGGACGAUGAAAUCUAUAAAAAGAUCCAAUUGGGGAAGCUGAAGUUGUAGUCUCCAGGUUUUCAGGCUUUUUUUUUUUUUUUUUGCAUUUUUUUAAAUUUCGCUUUGGUUCUGAUCAUGUGACACAGAUCGGGCCCACGAAGCAGACCGGAUUCUUACAUCUCCAGAGAUGAUGUUUGUUCACGUACCAAAGUAUUACGGUAUCUGGGAAAUGGAGGCGGCAUGUGAGAGAUUUUAAAGGGACUUUUUUUUUUUUUAUUGAAAAACUGAGCUUUUCUAAUUUAUUUUGUAGUCCAGAGUUUUAAUUAGCCUGUUAUCUGUCCAACACUCCGGUUUUUGGCUUGGACAAGACCUGCACUGACGAAGGGAAUACGACGUGAACUUUCUAUCAGGCAAUACUGUGAUUGGAGGAGGGGACACAGCGCAGAUGGCAGUGACGCCAUAUUGAAAAAAAAAAGGAAAUGUAGGAAAUUCACGGACCAAUACAUGGUCCUGAUCCGUUCAGGACCUCGCUGCUCUUCACCCUGUCAGCUGUGUUAUAAUCCGGGUUGGGUGAAUGGCCGAACUGUCUACACUUAUACCUCUGUCUUCAGUACUUUUCCAAUCCGGAUGAUAUCAAGCCAUAACAUAGACUCUAUCCUGACAACCCCGAG